AUGCCUCUUGACCCCUGCCAGCCGGCAGACCUCUUCUCCACCUACCCCAUACCGGACUUCUCAUAUCCCACACGAGACAUGUCGUCACCCAUAUACUUCCGAGACACCUCCCCCGUGAGGGACGUAGAAUCAGGCUACGCCAGUGCUUCCUCCAGCGAGUCGAGUAUACCGGACGUCUACUUCAGCAAACCGCAUCUCAAGUUCCUCAACCAGCAACUGCAGCAACUCGAGCCAGAACAGAUUCUGCAAUGGUGCCUCAUAACACUACCAUCGCUAUACCAGACCACAGCUUUCGGUCUCACCGGUCUUGUGACCGUUGACAUGCUUUCCCGAAUAUCCGGUCCUAUCAAAUCCCAAGUCGACCUCAUCUUCCUCGAUACCCUGCAUCACUUCUCGGAAACUCUCGCCUUGGUCGACCGUGUGAAAAGGAGGUACCCCAACGUCAACCUUCACGUCUACAAGCCCGAAGGCUGCGAGACCACCGAGGAGUUCGAUGCCAAGCACGGCGAGCGGCUCUGGGAAACCAACGAGGAGCUCUACGACUGGGUCGCCAAGGUGGAGCCGGCGCAGCGCGCAUAUGCCGAGCUGCAGGUCAAGGCCGUCCUGACGGGCCGCCGGAGGAGCCAGGGCGGCAAGCGAGGUGAUCUCGACAUUGUCGAAGUUGAUGAGAGCGGCUUGAUCAAGGUCAACCCGCUCGCCAACUGGUCAUUCAAGGACGUGCAGGCCUACAUCAGGGAGCACGAUGUCCCGUACAACGAGCUUCUGGACCGAGGCUACAAGAGCGUCGGCGACUGGCAUUCUACCCAGCCGGUGACUGAGGGUGAAGAUGAGCGGUCGGGCAGGUGGAAAGGGCGGUCGAAGACCGAGUGUGGCAUCCACAACAAGAAGUCCCGUUAUGCGCAGUUCUUGCAGCAGCAGGAGCUGAAGCGACAAGCGGAGGAGGUAGCGCAAGCUCUUGAGUCGGGGCUGAAACUUGACGGAGGUGUUGCGUUACCAUGA